AUGAGAUAUUACCUUACUAACUCAUCAUCUGAUCCUGGAGCUGGUGACAUUCUAAUGGGAUUUUUGGGAUCUGUUAUUCUCUCAUUUGCCUUCUCUAUGUUCAAACAAAGAAAGCUUGUACAAAGGCAUGCAGCUGAGAUUUUCACCUCUGUCAUAAUUUCUUCCUUAUUCUCAUUGUACUCAACUGCUCUUGUUGGACGUCUGGUUGCUUUAGAACCAUCUCUAACAGUAUCCAUUCUACCCAGAUGUAUAACAGUGGCGUUGGCUCUCAGCAUUGUGUCCUUUUUUGAAGGUGCCAAUGCAUCUGUCACAGCUGCUGCAGUUGUAGUAACUGGUUUAGUUGGAGCAAAUUUUGUGCAAGCAACACUUGAUAAACUCCGUCUUCGUGAUCCAAUUGCUCGUGGAAUAGCAACCGCAUCUAGUUGUCACGGGCUUGGAACAGCAGCCUUAUCUGCCAAGGAACCUGAGGCUCUUCCAUUUUGUGCUAUUGCUUAUGCUCUGACUGGAAUAUUUGGAUCUAUACUUUGCUCAAUACCAGCAGUCAGACAAAGUUUGCUUGCAGUAAUUGGCUGAAACUGUGGCCACCUCCAUUCAUCUCGAUUUUCGCGCUUUCAGGACAUUCUUUAAAAUGCCAUAACUUCCAUUGCAUACCUUAAAAGUGUAGAACCUAAGAUUUAGUAGCACCAUUUCUUGUAUAGGAUGAAGUACCGAUAUGUUUAUUUUUAUUUUUAUAUAUAUAUAGAAAAAAUAAUGUUGAAA